AUGCAGGUGCACCUGGUGCUGCCGCUCAUCAGCUGCUUGCUGACUCCGAUCGGCGCUUCCAUCUUGGGGCGCUGCGUGGUGGCUAAGAGGCUCCAGGAAGGAGGCUUGGAUUAUUUCGAGGGCUACAGCCUUGAAAACUGGGUGUGCCUGGCUUAUUUUGAGAGCAAGUUCAACCCCUCGGCUAUGUAUGAGAACUCACAAGGUGGCUACACUGGCUUUGGCCUCUUUCAGAUCCGAGACAGUGAAUGGUGUGACCACGGCAGGAACCUGUGCAGCGCGUCCUGCUCCGCUUUACUGAAUCCAAACUUAAAGGAUACAAUCAAAUGUGCCAAGAAAAUCGUAAAAGGAAAAAAAGGGAUGGGGGCAUGGCCCGUCUGGUCCAGGUAUUGCCAGCUAUCUGACACCCUGGAAAGGUGGCUGGAUGGUUGUGGUCUGACACGGCGGGGUAGACCUGAUGCACUUGCCAGCCAUGUCUUGUGA